GCCCGCUGUGCCCGAUGCUGACCAGACCUCCUGCGGCCUCUCUGGGUCACCCUCUGGGAUUCUCACCCUCCACGCCUAUGCCAGCCUGCCCCUAACCAGCAAUGACCUUGUGGAACUGGCCUCCCGCCCCACCGCGCCCCCUUCCCCACUGCUCCUCCUGCCCCGCUCCUCCUGCUACCCGGAUGCCUGCACCAUGACAGGGGCCAGGCAGCUGGAUUCCUGCGGAGGAGGGCUGUGUGGCCAGGAGCGUGGCUCGGGCUGAGGGAUGGCCUCGCUGGACCUGCCCUACCGCUGUCCGCGUUGCGGGGAACACAAGCGAUUCCGGAGCCUCUCCUCCCUUAGGGCUCACCUGGAGUACAACCACACCUACGAGACCCUCUAUGUCCUCUCCAAAACCAACAGCAUCUGCGAUGCCACCGUUUUCCCCCUGGCGUCCGACACCACCCUCCUGACGCCCGCAGCCCGCCGGGACAUCUUUGAGAGCACCUCCUUCCAGGGCAAGGAGCAGCGGUUCACCUGCGACCUCAUCGCCACCGCCACCACUGAGGAGCUGGACCCGACAUCCUCGCCCGUCGCGUCCCGCUACGUCCACGAGAUCGAGAUCCCCCUGACCGAGAUCUUCACCCGCAAAGCCAUGACCUCGGCCACCACGCCUCCCGCCGCCGCGGCCGCCGCGGUGGCUGCCGUCGAUGCGGCCUAUGAGGAAGGCCUGACCCGCCUCAAGAUCCGGGCCUUUGAGAAGCUGGAGGUGGACAAGCGGCUGGAGAAGCUGACCGAGGAAGUGGAGCAGAAGAUCGCCUCCCAAGUCGGCCGGCUCCAGGUGGAGCUGGACCGCAAGAGCUCGGAGCUGGAGAAGGCCAAGCAGGAGAGCAUCCGGCUCAGCCGGGAGAAGCAGGAGCUGGAGGAGAGGGCCGUGGAGCUGUCCCGCCAGGUGGACGUCAGUGUGGAGAUGCUGGCCUCCCUCAAGCAAGACCUGGUGCAGAAGGAGCAGGAGCUGAGCCGCAAACAACAGGAAGUGAUCCAGAUCGACCAGUUCCUGAAGGAGACGGCGGCCCGCGAGGCCAACGCCAAAGUCCGCCUCCAGCAGUUCAUUGAGGAGCUCCUGGAUCGGGCCGACCGAGCCGAGAAGCAGCUGCAGAUCAUCAGUAGCAGCUGUGGGAACCCCAACUGCAGCCUGGGGAGGUGCAGCGUGUCUGGGACCAAGAGCACAGGAAGACCGAGAGACAGGCACUCGGUUCCCGGAGCAACAGCACACAGUUCGUAUGCGGUUUCCAACCAAAGAUCAUCUUCCAGCACCGGAGCCUCUAGCCGUGCCAAAGCCGUCUCCCAGAGCUCCGGCUGCUACGACAGCGACAGCCCCGAGCUGUACCAGGGGGACGAGAACGCCGACGGGCAGUCCUACCAGGGCGGGCAGAACCGAGGUUCGGACAGUGCUUUCGACAGGCCUGGUGGAGUGAGGGCUUCGGGUCUCCGCAGGCAGGCCAUCCAGAACUGGCACCGCCGCCCUUACCGGAACAGCACCGAGGGCGAAGAAGGAGACAUCUCUGACGUGGGCUCCAGGACCACUGAGUCGGAGGCCGAGAUGUGGGAGACCGAGCCCCCGGCUGAGGCUCAGCAGGAGAAUUUCUCCAGGUCCAGAAACAGCUCGAGGCUGCAGGCCAGGUCUGAAGGAGGGAAGGCAGUCCGGCCGGAGAGAGGCAGCCCGGCUCGCUCAAACGAGGUCAUCAGCCCCGAAAUCCUCAAGAUGCGAGCCGCUCUCUUCUGCAUCUUCACGUACCUCGACACCAAGACACUGCUGAGGGCAGCCGAGGUCUGCAAGGACUGGAAGUUUGUGGCCCGGCACCCUGCCGUGUGGACCCGGGUGCUCCUGGAGAACGCCAGGGUGUCGUCUAAGUUCUUGGUCAUGCUGUCACAGUGGUGCACCCAAACACAUUCCCUCACCCUCCAGAACCUCAAGCCCCGUCAGAGGGGGAAGAAGGAGACCAAGGAGGACUACAUGAAAAGCACACGGUGA